UACAACAAAAUGGGUGUGACGUUUUAGCGCAGUUCUGCAUCAGCGGCUACAGGGGUACGGGCACCCUAGAGGGGGACAAACGCUUGCGAUCGAGAAGUUGUGUUCCCCUCUGCCUCUCCCGCUCCCCCUCACUGCACGGCUUGGUGCAGUCUGACAGAAGCGGCCCAUUUAUAGAAGCCGGCUCUCAGGCAUCUAGAAAGGUGUCGAGACAACUGGAGAUUAGUCGCCAAGGUUAAAGCCCAGUGUUGUUCUCCACGCACCCACACACGUUCACACAAAUGACUGCGGGCGACAUGGACAAAGUCGAAGUCUUCGACGCGGGCAGCAAGGGAAGGGGCCUGAAGACGAAGCAAGAGUUCUGGAGUGGGGAUGUGAUCUUUGCUGAACCUGCAUAUGCUGCUGUUGUGUUUGACAACCUCACCUACCACGUAUGCCACGGGUGUUUCAAGAAGCAAGCGAAGCUUCAGCGCUGCAUGCAGUGUAAGUUUGCCCACUACUGCGACCGCACCUGUCAGAAAGCUGCGUGGACGGAGCACAAGAGCGAAUGCAGCGCCAUCAGGAACUACGGCAAGGCGCCCAACGAGAGCAUCAGAAGUGACAGAUGGAAUACAAAGAGUGGAGUCACGCACGUUAGUAGUAGGAAUGAUGGCCCGUGGAAGGUCCCAUUAAAGCCUCCAGAUAGUGAUGGGAAUUGGGAAGCAAGUGAUGUGGAGGCCAACAACUCACACAUAUUUGGAGUGAUAAACUGCAACGGUUUUACCAUCAGUGACCAGCGUGGGUUGCAAGCUGUAGGAGUUGGAUUGUUUACAAAUCUCUGCCUCGUGAAUCAUGACUGCUGGCCAAAUUGCACCGUCAUAUUGAACAAUGGAAAUCGUGAUGCGGUUAAAUCAAUGUUCCACACACAGAUGAGAAUUGAGCUGCGGGCAGUCGCGCCUAUCAAGGUGGGAGAGGAGCUGAUGGUCUCUUAUGUGGACUUCCUGAGCCUCAGUGCAGAGAGGCGCAAGUCGCUGAAGGAACAGUACUAUUUUGACUGCAGCUGCGAGCAUUGCCAGAAGGGAAUGAAAGAUGACCUGAUGCAGGCUGUCAAAGAGGAAGAUGGCAAAAAGCCACCAGAAGAAACUGUGACAGGAGUCGUUGAGUUUUCAAAGACAACAUUGGAAAAAGUUGAGAAGGAACGACAAGAAGGAGUUUGGGCAAAUGUUGUGAAGCUGUGUCGGGCGUGCUUGAAGAAGCAGGAGCCUGUCCUGGCAGACACGAACCUUUACAAGCUGAAGAUACUGAGCCUCGUCUCUGAAGUGCUGUCUUAUCUGCAGCAAUUUGAAGAGGCUGCAGACUGCGCCAAGCAGAUGGUGGAGGGAUAUCAGAAACUCUACCACCACAAUAAUGCCCAGUUGGGAAUGGCACUGAUGAGGGCUGGCGUGACGCACUGGCACGCUGGGCGUAUCGAACCAGGCCAUGCCAUGAUUUGCCAGGCGUACGGGAUUAUCCUGGUCACACACGGCCCGACCCACCCCAUCAGCAAGGAUCUUGAGGCCAUGCGCUGCCAGACCGAGAUGGAGCUGCGGAUGUUUAAGGAGAACGAAUUCAUUUACUAUCAGAUGAGAGAGGCGGCGCUGAAGAACCAGAAGAUGCAAGUGAUGGGGGAGCCGGCCGGCAACUACAUCAAGGAGCUCUUCCACAGACGGAAAUGAGACCCCGCGGCUUCACCCCCCCCCUCCCGCAGGCAACCUGCCGUAACCUGUGGGAAGGGUGGGGCAGCGCAGGGGGAGGGUAGGUCGAAGCAAAGGCCAGGACGGUAACCACUCUAGUGGAGGAUGACAAUUGUUUUCGGAAUCUGUUGGCUAGAAAAGGAGAGUCCUGUGGUAGACUUUUAACCUCUGUUGUUUGCAUUGUAGUAACCUAGAGAUGUGGAACACUUCCGAAGCCAAAACACAACAUGCUGGGAAAACCUCAGCAGGUCAGGCAGCAUCUGCGGAAAGAGAAGCAGUGGAAGGUUGAGGUCCGAAUCUGAGAUCUGAAGCGUCGAUUUUUUCUCUCUCUCCCUCCACAGAUGCUGCCUGGUCUGCCGAGUUUUUCCAGUGAUUUCUGUUUUUGUUUCAGAUUUCCAGCAUCUGCCGUUUUUUUUUUUCUUUUGAUUUUCAUUGACCACAGCUUUAAGGUCAGUUUCAUUCACGUUAGUGCACAAAGGUGGAAGGCAAGAAUGGUUUUCUCCACUGUAGCUCGGUGCACAUGAUAAUAAUAAACUGACACUAAGACUAACGUGCACAAAUAAUGUGCUAAUGUGUGCAUCAGAGGACAAUUUUCUAUUUCUCUGCAUUAAACAACAGUUUAGAAGGCAUAAAAGGACACUAAGUGCUUGAGUAACUCAGCAAGAUAGGCAGUAUCUCUGGAGAACAUGGAAUGGUGACAUUUCGUUACAUCGUGUAUCCAUAAACUGUAAAUGGAUCGAAUGUAAUCAUGUAUUGUCUCUCUGCUGAUUGCACAGCAUGCAACAAAAGCUUUUCACUGUACCUCGGUACACACGACAAUAAACUGAACUGUAAUUGGGUUGAGAUUCUUCGAAUCAUAGAGUCUUACGGUGCGGAAACAGGCCCUUCGGCCCAACUUGCACUUACCGGUCAACAUGUCCCAUCUACACUAGUCCCUUCUGCCUGCGUUUGGCCCAUAUCCCACCAAACCUGUCAUAUAUAUCCCUGUCUAAACCCUUAAGUCUUGACCCAAAACAUCACCUGUCCAUAUUUAAGAGGGAGUUAGAUGUGGCCCUUGUGGCUAAAGGGAUCAGCGGGUAUGGAGAGAAGGCAGGUACAGGAUGCCGAGUUGGAUGAUCGACCAUGAUCAUAUUGAAUGGCGGUGCAGGCUCGAAGGGCCGAAUGGCCUACUCCUGCACCUAUUUUCUAUGUUUCUAUGUCCAUGUUUAAUGGGGCUGCUGCCUGACAUGCUGAGUUAUUCCAGCACUCUGUGUCCUUUUGUGUAUUAACCAGCAUCUGCAGUUCUUUAUUUUUACAGGCAUGGCCUGUAAUUGUCCUUCACUUGUAGCAUUUUACAUUUCCCCAUAACCUACCUGCCUGUGCGGUCAUAAACUCGAGAUCGAGAAUAUUUUUUGGAACAAUUAACUAUCUUUCAAGAGGCAGCAUUUCACAUUCUACCAACUUGUUGUGAUCAAAUUGAUCUGUCCGUAGUUUAUUUCACUCUGGGAGGACAGUCAGGUGAACAUUCACCCAGUGUAAUGCUGUAGACUUCAAUGACAAUGAACACGGGCAGCACAGCUUUAGAGUUGCUGCCUUACAGUGCCAGAGACCCGAGAUCCAUCCUGACCACAGGUGCUUGUCUGUACAGAGUUUGUACGUUCUCUCCAGGUUCACCGGUUUCCAAAGAUGUACAGGUUUGUAGGUUAGUUUGCUUAAUAUAAUUGUACCCUAGUGUGUUUUUUAAGAUAGUGUUAGUGUGCGGGGAUCGCUGGUCGGUGCGGACUUAGUGGGCCGAAGGGCCUGUUUCCGCGCUGUAUCUCCAAACUAAACUAAGCUAAUAGCCUAACGCCAAACUCACUCAUAGAGUCAGAGCCAGCAAGAACAAAGGCCAUUCGACUUAUUGUCAGUGCCAGUUAUGUGGCAAAGAAUUCCACAGAUUCACCACCCUCUGACUAAAGACAUUUCUCCUUAUCUCCUUCAUAGAAACAUGGAAACAUAGAAAUUAGGUGCAGGAGUAGGCCAUUCGGCCCUUCGAGCCUGCACCGCCAUUCAAUAUGAUCAUGGCUGAUCAUCCAACUCAGUAUCCCGUACCUGCCUUCUCUCCAUACCCUCUGAUCCCCUUAGCCACAAGGGCCACAUCUAACUCCCUCUUAAAUAUAGCCAAUGAACUGGCCUCGACUACCCUCUGCGGCAGAGAGUUCCAGAGACUCACCACUGUCUGUGUGAAAAAAGUUCUUCUCAUCUCGGUUUUAAAGGAUUUCCCACUUAUCCUUAAGCUGUGACCCCUUAUCCUGGACUUCCCCAACAUCGGGAGCAAUCUUCCUGCAUCUAGCCUAUCCAACCCCUUAAGAAUUUUGUAAGUUUCUAUAAGAUCCCCUCUCAAUCUCCUAAAUUCUAGAGAGUAUAAACCAAGUCUAUCCAGUCUUUCUUCAUAAAACAGUCCUGACAUCCCAGGAAUCAGUCUGGUGAACCUUCUCUGCACUCCCUCUAUGGCAAGAAUGUCCUUCCUCAGAUUUGGAGACCAAAACUGUACGCAAUACUCCAGGUGUGGUCUCACCAAGACCCUGUACAACUGCAGUAGAACCUCCCUGCUCCUAUACUCAAAUCCUUUUGCUAUGAAAGCUAACAUACCAUUCGCUUUCUUCACUGCCUGCUGCACCUGUGUGCCUACUUUCAAUGACUGGUGUACCAUGACACCCAGGUCUCGCUGCAUCUCUCCUUUUCCUAGUCGGCCACCAUUUAGAUAAUAGUCUGCUUUCCUGUUUUUGCCACCAAAAUGGAUAAAGAACAUCCUUAAAGAACAUAAUUUAAUUCUGAGGCUAUGACCUCUGGUCCUAGACUAUCUCACUAGUGGAAACGCAUCCACUCUAUCCAAGCUUUUCACUAUUCUAUAUUCAAUGAGGUCCCCCCUCAUUCUUCUAAACUUCAAAAAGUGCAGGCCCAGUGCCGUCAAACGCUCAUCAUAGGUUAAUCCACUCAUUCCUGGGAUCAUUCUUGUAAACCUCAUCUGGACCCUCUCCAGAGCCAGCAUGCUCAUCUUUUCUUUGAUAUGGUGCCCAAAAUUGCUCACAAUAUUCCAAAUGCAGCCUUAUAGAGCCUCAGCAUUACAUCCCUGUUUUUGUAUACACGUCCUCUUGAAAUAAAUGCUAGCAUUGAGUUUGCGUUAGUGUGAGAUCUGGAUACGGGAGGAAACCCAGGUGGUCACAGGAAGAACGUGCAAAACCCCAUCCAGAGGCCACGAUCACAGAUGUUUAUCUGGAGAUGCGAGGCAGCACCAUGAACGCUAGCGCACACUGCUGCACGCGUUCCAUCAUGCGUUACGAUUCAUCCUCAGGCAUAUCUUUGAACGUAAACAUCAGAACAAUAGCUCUCACUGCAUCCAAUAAUAUUUUGUCAAUGCAAUUGUUCAGGGUUUGUCUUCUAAAUUUUUUAUUCUCAUUUUAAAGAAAUAGGACUUUGAAAUAUAGUAGUUUAAACAAAGUUUUUCCUUCUUGAAGCUGUAGUCUCCCCACUUCUUGUCAGCAAAGAGACUCCAAUGAAAGUAAAGCUACCAAAGAGUAACCUUCAGUAAAACGUGAAAUCUUGCAAUUGUUUUCUAGGUUUCCUAAUCGCAAAUAAAGAUCUGUUUGUGAAC